UCGCUCGCACGGAUUUGCACGCGUUCUUCGGCACUCGCUCGCUUGCUCUCCACCUGACACUGACUGGCGAAGGCGCUGGAGACUGGAAAAGAUAUUUUCUUCUAUUGUGGAGUGCAAGAGCUUCAUUAAGUGUAGAAAAGUACUUUGUUCUUUGCAUUUCCAUCGUUGUGGUAUUUUUACAUGCAAGUACAGGUGUGCGACCCAGCAGGGCUCGUUGCGUUCUCGGUGUGAUACUUUUGUGGUUGUGUUGUGACGCCAGACUGUGCAGUGUUGCGUAGGGGCACGUGCCCGGUGAUGGGCGUGACGCCCUGCUAGAAUACCAUGGUGCUGGUGGUUGGGGCCUCCGACGUCGCGAUGUUCCCCGCCGCCAACCGGCCGCCGCCGCACUCGGUGGUGGCCCAGCAGAGCCCCGCCGGAUACUUCGGCUACUACCCCCAGCAGGCUCCUCACCAUCACCACCACCACCACCCCCACCAAUACCCUCCCCCGGACCUCAACUGCAACCUGCAGCCUUUCAUGACGGGCCAGUUCACGGACGGGCUGCAGGGCGGCGCGUGGCACAACACGGCCAUGUACAUGCCGCCGCCGCACCACACCGCCGCCGCCCCGCAGUGCCAGCAGCGAUCGCCGCACGGCUACGAGGACUGGGGCGUCCCUCCCUUGCACCACACGGGCCCCACGGGCGCCGCGUCCCCCUUGCCGCACCCGCCCACCCUGUCGUCCAGCGCCGGGGGCCUGCAACACCCGCCACACACGCCCUCGCCGUGCGCGCCCGGGGCCACCGUGCAGCCGGGCCCGGGCUCGCCCACCUUCGGCCACUACCCGAAAUUGACCCCCGUGGGCGCGCCGCCCGACUUCGGCAGCGACGGAGGCCUUGGCGGCGGCGGCGCACAGUCCCCAAAUGAAGGCGUGCUGCCGCCCCAUAGCGACGGAGCGGCCGACGCCGGAUCGCCGCCCACCGCCCACGCGCCGUCAUCGCGCCCGCAGCAGGUGCGAUCCCCGUACGAAUGGAUGAAAAAGCCUUCGUAUCAAGCGCAACCCAACUCAGAUGGCGCGUUCCUGGACACGGACGGGAUGAUGAUGAAAGGCAAGACCCGCACCAAGGACAAGUACCGCGUCGUGUACAGCGAUCACCAGCGACUUGAGCUUGAGAAGGAGUUCCAUUAUUCUCGCUACAUCACCAUCAGGAGAAAGUCUGAGCUCGCCUCCAUGCUGGGGCUCUCCGAGAGACAGGUCAAGAUCUGGUUUCAGAACCGACGAGCCAAGGAGCGGAAGCAGAUGAAGAAGCGAGACGAGCUUAUGCAGAAGGAGAAGCUGGAGACCGCCCAGUACCACGCGCCCACCGUCACCCCCGUGCCGCCCAUGCCCCCCAUGCACGCGCACGUCUCCUCCGCCCAGCACCUGCCCACGUCGAAGCCCCUUAUGAUGGACGUGAAGCCGGUCUUGGGGCUGGACUGACCCGAGUCUGCCUUCUAUUGGAGCCAGUGACCUGCAUCGGACUUCUGACGGAGACGAGUACCAGAGAUCCCUGACAGCGCGAUGAGAUGGCCUGAUCGCUACCAACACCUGACGAAGGCGCGGCGCUGUUGGUUCCGGGUCAUUUCGUGUUGCCAUUUCGUGUCAAGACAUGAAAACUGCCUGGAAUUCUUUCUUCUCAGUCUACCGGAGCUUGAGUAGUGUAUAGUUCGCGUAUCAAUGAAAGACAAUCGUGAGAGACAAUUUACUUACGGGUGAGCUUUCGGUGGAUGUGAGAGAAAGGGAAUGGUGGUGAAUCCCAAGUGAAAGAACAGCAGUGACUUGAAACGGCUGACAGCAAACUUUUCCGGCUCUCGGGUAGCUGAUGUAAAUCUGAAGAAAAAAUAUCAGUGAUUUCUGUUAAAAUUUCCGUCUUACCUCAGGCGAAAUAGGGGAAAGUGACACAGAGAUCAUCAUUGCUUUGGAAAGUCCCUUGUCAGCGAUGAAACGGCCGUCACACUCCAUGCAAGGUGCAACCGGGCCCGCUCGAAGAUGCUGGUGUAGUUGCAUACUCCAAUGAAAGGCAAAGAAUAUAAUAUCUGUUUCACUCGACUGUGAAUCGACUAUUUAUGAACAUGUAAUGUCAGUGACUAAACAUUUUUUUUUUUAAAUCUCAUUCCCGCGUAUAAACAAUCGCACGUUAUUUGAUUUUAUUGAAUAGGUAGCAAAGUAUAUUGUUGUAAUUCUAACUUAAUGAGAUGCAGCAGCCUAUGACGACGAAGGCGUUGCGUGCAAGAGAUUUAUAUAAUGGUCGUAAGCAGCCCAAAGGAAGAGAUUCCUGCUGUUAAACAUGUACUGCACUCUACCUCCCGACCUGUUCUCGGAACGCCACACACUCAACGGGAAAGGAACUAGAUAUCUGUUUGUAAAUAUACACUCAUGUUUUGACUCUUCAGUUUUUUAGCUGGUUGUAAACACUUCGGCAGUAAGCAAACAGCUGUUGAACGACUUACUUAGGAGCACCAGUGCAGGCAGAGGGAAGUGAUUGGACCUGUGUAUGAAUGUGUGGAUGUGUAUGUAUGUAUGUGUGUGCGAUAGUACGUCCGUUUAACUGUUAGUAUUUUUUUAUUUUAUUAUCAAUCCGUUUCCUGAUGCCACAGAAGGAACGCCAGAAGGAUCGAUAUGACGUGAACAGAAAUACGAUUAUGAUUAUUUCAGAUGAAAUUGGUGUCGUCCAAAGAAAAAAUGAAUAAAACUGAUUUCCGUUAUAUAUAUAUACAUAUAUAUAUAUAUAUAUAUAUAUAUAUAUAUAUAUGUAUAUCGCUCACCAGCUACAAUAAGUAUUAAUACCAGCACCGGUGUCUCCAGGAAUACCAGUAUAAUGAGUGUAAAGUUAGGAACAGACUCCCUCGCUCGGGAUUCUCUUCACCACAAAAUGGGUUGAUCACUGCAGGUUGAAUCACCUUCUUCUACCUGAUGAGUUUUAUUGCCGUGUAAAUACUGUAUAGUGUGGAACUGUGCGUAGCCUGUGCUUGGUAACUGCUAAAUAGCCUCGUUACGCAUAACAGCCGUGUCCUCCCUGUGUUAGCCUCCCUUGCGCCGUGUUAAGAGGUGGGACAGCAUAGAAUUCUGUUGAAAUUAAUAUGAAAACGAAAAGUUCGUGUUUAGGGAUCCAACUUAAAGCGAGGUGUGAGUGUUUCGCAUUUUAGUAACGUGUGUAUUAUUUAUUUACAGCAUAAUUUUAGUCUCACUUCCUUUUGUUGGAAUCCUAACUUCGAGUAAAACAGUUUUUUUGGAACAUACAUAUACAUCAUGUUUAUUGUAAGGGGUUGUAGUAAAAUAAUGGUUUGUCAUGGUAGCGGUUUUAUCAGUCUGUAUUUCAGAGAAAUAGUUGCACACACACACACACACACACACACACACACACACACACACACACACACACACACACUACAUGAAAAUUGACACUAAUAUCCAAAGGAAGAGGAAAGAUCCAAGGGACGGUAACCGGGCAAGCACUGGGAGGAAAUGAAAAUUUGUAAUUUUGUAUGUUAUGAGUUCGUAUGCACGUGAAUCUGCUUUUUGUGUACGUGUACAUCUGUUAUAGUAAAUAUUACAAGAAACUGU